GAAUAGCGUUCGUAGCGCUCGAGCGGUUCAAACGCGAGUGUGGAAAUUUAUCAAAAUUCAAAGAUGGCGUCUGCUAUGGAUAUUGACGACGAAGGCAGUGAUUUACCCACUUCGGGCAGCACAAAAGGCGAUAAAAAGCGAUUCGAAGUGAAAAAGUGGAAUGCCGUUGCUCUCUGGGCUUGGGAUAUCGUGGUUGACAACUGCGCAAUCUGUAGGAAUCACAUAAUGGAUCUCUGUAUCGAAUGUCAGGCGAAUCAGGCUUCAGCAACGAGCGAAGAGUGCACCGUCGCUUGGGGAGUUUGCAACCAUGCAUUCCAUUUCCAUUGCAUCUCACGUUGGCUCAAGACUAGGCAAGUCUGUCCACUGGACAACCGUGAGUGGGAGUUCCAAAAGUAUGGGCACUAAAACAGUGCUCUCAGUUGCCUCGUACUAAGGAACCCAACAGUAUAUCCUCACCAAUGUCAUCGGUGUGAUUCACAAAAGAUCUAUAACAAGCUAACGAGAAAUUUUCUACUGCACAGCAGCUGCAUCCUCGCAAACGAUUAACUAUCGCGCUUGGGCUAGAGUUACGUAACGAUGAAAAUUUCAACGAUACUGACGCAGCCUCGAAUCGCCUGUGAGCGACUUUCGUAUCACUAACAAGAACAACAUCAAACUAUAAACCUUUUUGCAACGUUAUUAAAUUCUCAGAGACUUAGGGCAAUUACGAUGUUUCAUUUCUUUUCCGGCCCAACGGAACCCCUGUGUAAAACAUAGUUUUAAGACACGAAUAAAAAUAAUUUACCAAA